AUGGAAUGCGUUAUUCAUUCUUUUUCUUUCUUUCUUUCUCUAUUUUUUUUUAAUUUGUUUUCUCUCUUACUCUCCUUUUUUCUUCCUUUUUGUUUUUCUCUCCAUUUCUUCUCUCCUCUUUUUCAAACUCUCUUUCUUUCCCAUCCUUUCGUUUCCUCUCCGUUUGUGCUUAACUCUCUUUUCCUCUUUUCCCCUUGCUAUCUGCCUCUCUCACUUCCCACUCUAUUCUGUACUCUCUUUCUUGUUUCGCGUCUCCCAUUUUUUUCUUUUUAUCCUCUUUCCGUUCCUUCUUUGCUUCUCAAUUACUCCUUCCCUCUCUUUCUCUUUUUCGAUUUCUAUGUCUAUCUUUCUCAUCUAUUACUAUUUUCCCCCUAUCCCUUUCUCUUUCUUUCUUUCUUUCUUUCUUUCUUUCUUUCUUUCUUUCUUACGAUCUGCUCUCAGGAUUACUUCUCUCUCUUACAUCCUUUUCUUUCUUUUUUCUUUCUUUUUCUAAGUUCUUUCUUUCUUUCUUUCUUUCUUUCUUUCUUUCUUUCUUUCUUUCUUACGAUCUGCUCUCGGGAUUACUUCCCUCUCUUACUUCCCUUUCUUUCUUUUUACUUUCUUUUUCUAAGUGCUUUCUUUCUUUUUUUCUUUCUUACUUUCUUUCUUUCUUUCUUUCUUUCUUUCUUUCUUUCUUACGAUCUGCUCUCGGGAUUACUUCCAUCUCUUACUUCCCUUUCUUUCUUUUUUCUUUCUUUUUCUAAGUGCUUUCUUUCUUUCUUUCUUUCUUUCUUUCUUUCUUUCUUUCUUUCUUUCUUUCUUUCUUACGAUCUGCUCUCAGUAUUACUUCCUCUCUUACUUCCCUUUCUUUCUUUUUUCUUUCUUUUUUUUCUAAGUGCUUUCUUUCUUUCUUUCUUUCUUUAUUUAUUUCUUUCUUUCUUUCUUUCUUACGAUAUGCUCUCAGGAUUACUUCCCUCUCUUACAUCCCUUUCUUUCUUUUUUCUUUCUUUUUCUAAUGCUUUCUUUCUUUCUUUCUUUCUUUCUUUCUUUCUUUCUUUCUUUCUUUCUUACGAUAUGCUCUCAGUGCUUUCUUUCUUUCUUUCUUUCUUUCUUUUCUUUCUUUCUUUCUUUCUUUCUUUCUUUCUUGAUCUGCUCUCAGCAUUACUUCCCUCUCUUACUUCCCUUUCUUUCUUUUUUUUUUCUUUUUCUAAGUGCUUUCUUUCUUUCUUUCUUUCUUUCUUUCUUUCUUUCUUUCUUUCUUUCUUUCUUGAUCUGCUCUCAGGAUUACUUCCCUCUCUUACUUCCCAUUCUUUUUUUUUUUUCUUUCUUUUCUAUGUGCUUUCUUUCUUUCUUUCUUUCUUUCUUUUCUUUCUUUCUUUCUUUCUUUCUUUCUUUCUUACGAUCUGCUCUCAGGAUUACUUCCCUCUCUUACUUCCCUUUCUUUCUUUUUUUUCUUUUUUUCUAAGUGCUUUCUUUCUUUCUUUCUUUCUUUCUUCCUUUCUUCCUUUCUUUCUUUCUUUCUUUCUUUCUUUCUUUCUUACGAUAUGCUCUCGGGAUUACUUCCCUCUCUUACUUCCCUUUCUUUCUUUUUUCUUUCUUUUUCUAAUGCUUUCUUUCUUUCUUUCUUUCUUUCUUUCUUUCUUUCUUUCUUUCUUUCUUUCUUUCUUUCUUACGAUCUGCUCUCGGGAUUACUUCCCUCUCUUACUUCCCUUUCUUUCUUUUUUCUUUCUUUUUCUAAGUGCUUUCUUUCUUUCAUCCUUUCUUUCUUUCUUACGAUCUGCUCUCGGGAUUAAUUCCCUUUCUUUCUUUUUUCUUUCUUUUUCUAAGUGCUUUCGUUCUUUCUUUCUUUCUUUCUUUCUUUCUUUCUUUCUUUCUUUCUUUCUUUCUUACGAUCUGCUCUCGGGAUUACUUCCCUCUCUUACUUCCCUUUCUUUCUUUUUUCUUUCUUUUUCUAAGUGCUUUCUUUUCUUUCUUUCUUUCUUUCUUUCUUUCUUUCUUUCUUACGAUCUGCUCUCAGGAUUACUUCCCUCUCUUCUUCCCUUUCUUUCUUUUUCUUUUUUUCCUAAGUGCUUUCUUUUUUUUUUCUUUCUUCCUUUCUUUCUUUCUUUCUUUCUUUCUUUCUUUUCUUUCUUUCUUUCUUUUCUUACGAUCUGCUCUCAGGAUUACUUCCCUCUCUUACUUCCCUUUCUUUCUUUUUUUUCUUUUUUUCUAAGUGCUUUCUUUCUUUCUUUCUUUCUUUCUUUUCUUUCUUUCUUUCUUUCUUACGAUAUGCUCUCAGGAUUACUUCCCUCUCUUACUUCCCUUUCUUUCUUUUUUUUCUUUUUUCUAAGUGCUUUCAUUCUUUCUUUCUUUCUUUCUUUCUUUCUUUCUUUCUUUCUUUCUUUCUUUCUUUCUUUGAUCUGCUCUCAGGAUUACUUCCCUCUCUUACUUCCCAUUCUUUCUUUUUUUCUUUCUUUUUUUCUAAGUGCUUUCUUUCUUUCUUUCUUUCUUUCUUUCUUUCAUUCUUACGAUCUGCUCUCGGGAUUACUUCCCUCUCUUACUUCCCUUUCUUUCUUUUUUCUUUCUUUUUCUAAUGCUUUCUUUCUUUCUUUCUUUAUUUCUUUCUUUCUUUCUUACGAUCUGCUCUCGGGAUUACUUCCUUCUCUUACUUCCCUUUCUUUCUUUUUUCUUUCUUUUUCUAAGUGCUUUCUUUCUUUCUUUCUUUCUUUCUUUCUUUCUUACGAUCUGCUCUCGGGAUUACUUCCCUCUCUUACUUCCCUUUCUCUAUUUUUCUUUCUUUUUCUAAGUGCUUUCUUUCUUUCUUUCUUUAUUUCUUUCUUUCUUUUUUUGAUCUGCUCUCAGGAUUACUUCCUUCUCUUACUUCCCUUUCUUUCUUUUUCUUUCUUUUUUAAGUGCUUUCUUUCUUUCUUUCUUUCUUUCUUUCUUUCUUUCUUUCUUUCUUUCUUUCUUUUUUCUUACGAUCUGCUCUCAGCAUUACUUCCCUCUCUUACUUCCCUUUCUUUCUUUUUUUCUUUUUUUCUAAGUGCUUUCUUUCUUUCUUUCUUUCUUUCUUUUUUCUUUCUUUCUUUCUUUCUUUCUUACGAUCUGCUCUCAGGAUUACUUCCCUCUCUUACUUCCCAUUCUUUCUUUUUUUCUUUCUUUUUUUCUAAGUGCUUUCUUUUUUCUUUCUUUCUUUCUUUCUUUCUUUCUUACGAUCUGCUCUCAGGAUUACUUCCCUCUCUUACUUCCCUUUCUUUUCUUUCUUUUUCUAAUGCUUUCUUUCUUUCUUUCUUUCUUUCUUCCUUUCUUCCUUUCUUUCUUUCAUUCUUUCUUUCUUUCUUUCUUUCUUUCUUUCUUACGAUAUGCUCUCGGGAUUACUUCCCUCUCUUACUUCCCUUUCUUUCUUUUUUUUCUUUCUUUUCUAAUGCUUUCUUUCUUUCAUCCUUUCUUUCUUUCUUACAAUCUGCUCUCGGGAUUAAUUCCCUUUCUUUCUUUUUCUUUCUUUUUUGUAAGUGCUUUCGUUCUUUCUUUUUCUUUCUUUCUUUCUUUCUUUCUUUCUUUCUUACGAUCUGCUCUCGGGAUUACUUCCCUCUCUUACUUCCCUUUCUUUCUUUUUUCUUUCUUUUUCUAAGUGCUUUCUUUCUUUCUUUCUUUCUUUCUUUCUUUCUUUCUUUCUUUCUUUCUUUCUUUCUUACGAUCUGCUCUCGGGAUUACUUCCCUCUCUUACUUCCCUUUCUUUCUUUUUCUAAGUGCUUUCUUUCUUUCUUUCUUUCUUUCUUUCUUUCUUUCUUUCUUUCUUUCUUUCUUUCUUCUCUUUUUUAUAUGUCUUUCUUCUCUAUUCCCAUUUCUUUCUUUAAUUCUUUCUUUCUUUAA